AUGAAAGUCACCCGUUUACUAUUCUUGGCCUGUACUGUCCUUCAAACUGCUUUGGCAGAUAUCGAAUUCACCGAACCAGCGCCCGGCGCAGUCCUGGAAGCAGGGCAUGUCGUAACGGCGCAUUGGAAAGACUCCGGGGCUUCUCCUCGCAUCUCGGAACUCGUACAAUACGAUCUCUAUCUUUGUGCUCUUUGGGGUGCACCCGGUCCAGAUGAAGAAGUAGCCCUCUUGAUCCAAGGAGGCGUCUUUGCGCGCGGCAAUUCGGUGUCUUUCCAAAUCAAUCCAGAUGUUGGCGACGAAGAACCAGAAGCAUAUUUUCUGAAAAUGACCGCCUCGGGAACAGACGUCUCGGUCGUCAGUCAUUCGCAUCAGUUUACAGUCACCGGGCGCGACAACGGCGCGCUCCAAGACCUGCGUAAAAGGCAGGCUAUAGGGGCUUAUACUAUCCCAUAUCAUCUGCAGACUGGCCCAACAAGAUAUGCGCCAAUGGCGAAGAAGCCCGGUAGCACAAUCCCUGAAAAGUCGCCGACUCCCCAGUUCCCAACCAGCUCAUAUAGCGUUGCGACGACAUACCUUGCUGCGCCCACAGUCCAGGCCACAAUCUCGGCUACUCGAACAUAUUCUGUGGUCAGCAUUGAGAAUACGGCGUCGCCGGCUCCUCAUCCCGAGGACGCGGAAAUGAAAAAGUUCUUAGCGAGGUGGAAAGACUAG